AUGAGUUACAUAGAAAUCUUUGAAUUAAAUUAGCAUUCUACAGAAGGAGAUCUUAAGCACUGUAUUGAAUGGAUAUAAGAAAACUUUAAAGAAUCUAAAUUUAUAAAUAUAUCUAUAGUAAUCAAGCGCUCUGAGAGUUAGCACAUUUAGAUAGAAGAAUUAAUUAAAGAUGAAAAAAUAUAGAGUGAUGGUAAGAAAAAAGGAAAUAGCAUUUCUCUCAAAAAAGUUACUUUGUAGGAUAUGGAGAAAUAAAUGGAGUAGAAGAAACAAUAAAAACAAAUAGAUACAUAAUUAUAAAUUAGUCAAUCAAGCGAUUUAGCAAAGAUGUAAAAGAGGAUGUCAAAAUAUUAAAAUAAUCAGAUUAAUGAAGAAAAUAAAGAAUAUGAGUAAUUAGAUGAGCUAAAGCAUAUGAUAAAAAAAUCUGAGGAGUUACUUAGUUUAUAGUAAUAUGAAGAGGCAGCAGAGUAAUAAGCCAAAAUAUAAACAACUUGUCAGUAAUUAUUAGAUAGGAUUGAAGAAAAUCACUCAACUGCUUAGUAAAAUAACCUCUAAAGAUAAAAUUAAGAUGUAAAAGAAGUGGAAAAAGAUUAAGAAAUGGAUUCUGUAUAUCUUUAGCUUAUAACUUUAUUUAUUAAUAAUUACAUAUAAUAAGGAAAGUGUUAAUUUCUUUAGAAAAAAAACGAAGAAGCUAUUUUAUUUUUUGAGAAGGGGAUAGAAUAUUAUAAUCAAGUCAAAAACAAAAAGUUGAUUGUAAAAAAAUAUAACUUAGACGUCAUGGUUGAUUAUGUAAUAAAUCCUCAUGUUUUAGAAGAUCUUUAUUCCUCUUUAGGAGAUACCUACCAUAGUUAAAAUAAAUAUGAUAAGUCAAUAGAAAAUUUUCAAUUUGCAAUAUAAAUCAUAGAUAGAUAUUCAAGCGAGUAGUAGAAAUAAUAUUAAGGUCAAAAAAAAAAAGGAGAUCUUUUCAACUUAAUAGGAUACGCUUAUUAUUGUAUAGGCGAUAUAUAGAAGGCAAUUGAAUCCUUUACUUAAAGUCUAUAAAUUUGCAUGGACUUGAAUGGAGAAAAAGAUGUAUAAGUGGCUAAUCGAAUGAAUAACCUAGCAGAGGCAUACAGAUAUGUGAAGCAGUAUGAAAAAGCUUUGAAGUAUUUUAUUAAGAGUUUAGAUAUAAAAAAGCAGGAAGAAAUGACAUAAAAGAAUAUUUAAAGUCUAGGAAUGACUUGUAAAAAUAUAGGUAUUACGUACUAAGAAACUAAUUAAUAUGAAAAAGCUAUCGAAUACUAUUUACAAUCAAUAGAAUAUUUUAAAAAUUUCUAUAGUGAUCAUUACAAAGACGAAGGAGGUAGCAUUCUGAAUGCACUUUAUACAUAAACUGCAUAGUGCUAUAAAGAGUUAAAUAAUUUUCAAGAAGCUACAAAAUUAUAUGAAAAAGUAUAUGAGAUUAAUAAAUCUAUGUAUGGACUUAAAAACAUUUAAACAAUAAAUUGUGCAAAUAAUUUAGCAUCUUUGCUUUUCAAACUUUAGCACUUUGAAAAGAGUGUAGAAUUAUUCGAAUAAAUUUUAGGUUUUUAGAAACAAUAUUAUGGCGAGUAGUCCAUUUAAGUUGUUUAAACUUUGGUCAAUAUGGGCACAAUAUUUUGUAAAAUGAAAAAAUAUGAGCUAGGAAUAGAAAAAAUAGAUAUAGCUUUGAAAAUAUUUGAAUAAAAUCCAAAUUCAGACUAAUAGACUAUUGAAAGCACAAAGCAAGCAAAAUAAUAUUACCAAAAAAAAUUUCAACAAUUUAAGUAGUAAGCAUCCUUACAAUUAAGUAAAAAAGAUCUAAAAAUAGAAGAACUUUGA